UUUGUGGGUUGUGUUCAAGAAAGAGAAAUGGCAAUGGCAGCAGCAGUGGGAGUGAAUGGCGGGGUUCAAAAACCUGGAGUAUCCCAAGCUUAUUUAGAGAGCAAAGGCGUGAAGGAAACAAGGGUGUUAUUAUCUGAUCUGUGUCGCCAAUUCUAUAAUCUGGGAUGGGUAUCUGGCACCGGGGGCAGCAUCACUAUCAAAGUCCAUGAUGACUCCAUUCCUAAGCCUAAUCAGCUUAUCAUCAUGUCCCCUUCUGGUGUGCAGAAGGAAAGAAUGGAACCGGACGAUAUGUAUGUCUUGGCUUCAAAUGGGUCUAUGUUAUCCAUACCAUCUCCAAAGCCUUAUCCUUAUAAGCCUCCUAAGUGUUCCGAUUGUGCUCCUCUUUUUCUAAAGGCAUAUGAUAAGCGGGAUGCAGGAGCUGUUAUUCAUAGUCAUGGAAUGGAAUCUUGUCUUGUAACAAUGCUCAAUCCAUUAUCAAAAGAAUUUAGAAUUACUCAUAUGGAGAUGAUAAAAGGAAUUAAAGGGCAUGGAUAUUAUGAUGAACUUGUAGUCCCAAUUAUAGAGAAUACAGCCUACGAAAAUGAGCUUACAGAUUCUCUUGCUAAAGCUAUAGAUGAAUACCCUAAAACAACUGCCGUUCUUGUUCGCAAUCAUGGAAUUUAUGUAUGGGGAGACUCAUGGAUUCAUGCCAAGACUCAGGCUGAAUGUUAUCAUUAUCUUUUUGAGGCUGCUAUCAAACUGUAUCAACUAGGAUUGGACUGGUCUACUCCAAAUCAUGGUCCAAUUCAAAAUGUUAAAGGACUUCAAGGUAGUAAAAGAGACAGAAACGCAUCUGUCAAGGCAGCAGUGAAGGAUUCAAAUUAUGAAAUGGAGCCAUUACCACGCUGCAUUGUUCUUGACAUAGAAGGGACAACGACUCCGAUAACCUUUGUUGCUGAUGUACUCUUUCCAUAUGCCCGUGAUAAUGUUGGGAGACAUUUGUCUGCAACAUAUGAGACCGCAGAAACUCAGGAAGAUAUAAAAUUAUUGCGCUCUCAAGUUGAAAACGACCUUGCUCAUGGUGUUGACGGGGCUAUGCCAAUUCCUCUAGAUGAUGCAGGGAAAGAGGAAGUUAUUGCAGCUUUGGUAGCUAAUGUUGAUGCAAUGAUACGAGCAGAUCGAAAGAUCACUGCCUUGAAACAGUUGCAAGGUCAUAUAUGGAGAACUGGAUUUGAGAAUAAUGAAUUGGAAGGAGUAGUUUAUGAUGACGUACCAGAAGCUCUAGAGAAGUGGCAUGCUUUGGGCAUUAAGGUGUAUAUAUAUUCCAGUGGUAGCAGAUUGGCCCAAAGACUCAUAUUUGGAAAGACAAAUUAUGGGGAUUUGAGAAAAUAUUUAUCUGGUUUCUUUGAUACCACAGUAGGGAACAAAAGAGAAACACACAGCUAUGUUGAAAUUUCGGAGUCGGUGGGAGUUGAUAAGCCAUCUGAGAUUUUGUUUGUAACUGAUGUUGUUCAAGAAGCUGUUGCCGCAAAGGGAGCAGGUUUGCAGGCAGUGAUUUCUAUCCGACCGGGAAAUGCUCCUCUUCUGGAGAAUCAUGGCUUCAAGACGAUCAAUUCUUUCUCAGAAAUCUAAAAUCAGAUAUGUACCGUCUGUGACAAUACUGCCACACUAAAAUGUGAUCACUCUUACAAAUGUAUCCAUAAAUAAAAUUUUAGACAUUGCAUGCCUAAACUUAAAAUAUAUAUGAUGUGCUUGUGGUAUCACAAAUGUUAUGUUUCAAUCCAAGAGUUAUAGUCGGAAA